GAGGCAGUGGAUUCAGGAGGGAUCCAUCCCUCACUUGCACCUGGGUUUGGAGCGAGUCCUUCCCCAGUGUGGCCGGGAGCAAAUCUCCCCCAGAGGGGUCAGUAAUGGCAGCCCUGGGGGGGACCAAUGCCAGUCCUGGGGGACUGAGCAUCCCCAGGGUACCAACUGCAUCCUGGAGAUACCAGCUGCAUCCCUGGGGGUACCAAUUGCAUCCCUGGGGGACUGAUAACAUCCAUGGAGGACCGAAGGCAGCCCUGGGGGACUGAUGACACCUUGGCUGCCCCUGUGCCCAGGGAGACUCCACUGCCCCAGCCCAGCCCUCCCUGCAUCACUGAGGGACCCCAGGACACUGCUGGAUGCCGGGGGGCAGUGGCACUGGCCGAGCACUGGGACUGUCCCUCACAGAGACGGCCCCACAAAACACAUCCCUCUCCCAGAGCCGAUGGCUCCCGGGGGAGAAGAGAGGCAGAAGGGAAUUACCCGAGCGGGGAUUUGCACAGGCCCAGGAGAUUGGAAAUAACCAUAAUCUGGCCGUGGGGGUUAUUUUGGCGCGGCGGCUCCUGCCCAGCGCCCUGGAGAGCAGCGCCGGGCUGAGCCCGGCCGGGGGGUGCGGGGCUGCGGCGGGGAUUAGAGGGUGCAGAGAUGCCGGGAGGCACGUACGAGUCCCGGGGGUGCCCUGCGUCCCCCCCCCCGGCGCGCGUGGGGAGGGCAGAGCCAGCGCAGAUCUGGGGCAGCUGGAAAAUGAGGAGGACGAAGCCUAUUAGCAGCUCAGUGCCAGCGAAGCAGAAGCGGGGAGGGAAGAGGAUUUGCGGGGGGAAGGGGGCCGGGACCUUGAGCUGGGGAUGGCUAUAUCGGUCCUGGGUUUCAGAGGAGCUGCUGGGGGGAUGGGGAGGGCCCAGACCCUCUGUUUGGUCCAGCUCUGUGGCAGGAGAGCAUCCACAGCUGCAGGGAUUGGGAUGGUCCCUGUGCAAAGGAUGUCCCUGUCCUGUUGCAUACACUGAUUGAAGAGUAAGGGGAAUGAUUCCAAACCAGGGUCCUGGGCAGGCUGGUGCACAAACAUCCUGUGAUCUCCCGGCUCCGAGGCCUUUCCUACCCUGCCUCGUGCUGCUGGAGGGGAUGGGGGAGCAGAUGGGGGUACCCCACACCCUGUGUGAGCCUUCUUGGGGACCUCCCUGAGGUGCAAGCAUCCUUGCAGGGGCUGCAGGAAGGGCUGAGCUGCCACCCAAAUCGAGGUGAUCCCGUGCAAGAUCUGCGGAGACAAGUCCUCAGGGAUCCACUACGGUGUCAUCACCUGCGAGGGCUGCAAGGGUUUUUUCCGGAGGAGCCAGCAGAACAACGCCAGCUACUCCUGCUCCCGGCAGAGGAACUGCCUGAUCGACCGCACCAACCGCAACCGCUGCCAGCACUGCCGCCUGCAGAAAUGCCUGGCGCUGGGCAUGUCCCGCGACGCGGUGAAGUUCGGCCGCAUGUCCAAGAAGCAGCGGGACAGCCUCUACGCCGAGGUGCAGAAGCACCAGCAGAGCCAGGAGCAGAGCGGGGGCACCAAGGAUGAGCCCGAGCCCCUGAGCCGCGUCUACACCACGAGCGUGAGCAGCGGGCUCUCGGACCUGGACGACAUCUCCACGCUGUCCGACGGGCUCCUCUUCGACUUCCCCCUCACCCCCGACGGCAGCAGCACCUACUACAACCUGGACCUGCUGGCCUCGGCACAGCCCUCGCCCGACCAGUCCAGCCUGGACGUGGCCGAUGCCACGCUCAUCAAGCAGGAGUCCAUCUACGAGCUGAUGCUGGAGCCGGCCCUGUUCGCCCACGGGGCGCUGGAGGGGGGGCAGCUGCCCCCCGACAUCUCUGUGCUCGAGAUCGACCGGGUGGCCCAGAACGUGGUGAAGUCUCACCUGGAGACGUGCCAGUACACGACGGAGGAGCUCAAGCGCCUGGCCUGGAGCCUCUACUCCCCCGAGGAGGUCCGUGCCCUGCAGAGCAAGAGCUGCGAGGCCAUGUGGCAGCAGUGCUCGCUGCAGAUCUCCAACGCCAUCCAGUACGUGGUGGAGUUCGCCAAGCGCAUCGACGGCUUCAUGGAGCUCUGCCAGAACGACCAGAUCAUCCUCCUGAAAGCCGGUUGCCUCGAGGUGCUCCUGAUCCGCAUGAUCCGUGCGUUCAACCCCCUGAACAACACCGUGCUCUUCGAGGGCAAGUUUGGUGGGAUGCAGGUGUUCAAGUCGCUCGGCUGUGACGAUCUCAUCGGAGCCAUCUUCGAGCUGGGGAGGACCCUGUGCCGCCUGCAGCUGUCAGACGAGGAGCUCGCCCUGUUCACAGCAGCUGUCCUGCUGUCCCCAGAUCGCCCCUGGCUGACCGAGUCCAAGAAGGUGCAGAAGCUGCAGGACAAGAUCUACGUGGCCCUGCAGCACGAGAUCCAGAAGAAACACUCCGCCGAGGACAAGCUCUCGAAGAUGGUUUCCAAGCUGCCCUUGAUGAAGACCAUUUGCAACCUGCACUUGGACAAGCUGGAAUUUUUCCGUCUCCUGCACCCGGAGACCGCCAUGAACUUCCCUCCCCUGUACAAGGAGGUUUUCAACUCGGAGCUGCAGUACAGCGACCCUCGCGAGAGCUAAGGCCGGGAGCCACCUCGAGGCCCUUCGAGCCUCCCCAAAAUUUGGAGACGAACUGCACUUCAGAGGUUUGGGGCAGUUUAUUUAAAUCAAGUCAAUCAAACUCGAGAGAAGCCGGGGGGGCUGCGGGUGCCCCCAGCCCCGUGGCCCCGCCGUGGGUCGCAAUAGCUCUUGAAUGUAAAGCACCUUGAAGGAAAAAGCAAAUGGACUUUGCCAUACCAGUGAAAUGAAUGUGAAAUCUCUGCUGGGGAGGGGAGAUGCUCCUGGCAGUCCUGCUGUCCUGGCUGCACUCUCCACCUCUGAUUUUUUUUUUUAAUUAUUGUUUUUUUGGGGUUUUUGUUGUUUGUUUUUUUUUUUACCCAAACACAAGACAUGGGAUAAAGAAGGGGCGAUGCUGACUCGGCUGGGUGGGGUGGGCUGGAGCUGAGGAGAGGGAAAAGGGAGAGCCUUUGGUUUAUUCCUUCUCCCAGGGGUGCAGUGAGCCCACAGGAGCUUGGCCAAGAAAGACCCAGCUGUGGCUGGGGAGUGAUUCAGCACAAAAUGUUCCCGUGGAGGAGGCUGGUGCAAGGGAAGGGACACCCAACACGACAGGGAAAAAGCUCUGCAGGGCCUCCGUGUCCUCCAUCACAGCAUUUCCCCAAAUGCCCGGCCAACUCCCCGCCCAGCUGGGCUCUUUGGAGCUGAUUUGGCAGAUCCACCUGCCUCGUGCCACCUUUCCACACCCCCAGUGCUUUUCCCAGCCCGUGUGACCGCAGCCAGAGCCCGGCUCCAGCUGCUCCACCCCGGGUGCCGAGCGGUGCCGGGGCUGUCCCUGUCCCCACAGUGGUGGCUCUCUGGGUGCUGCUGUUGUCUCAUCGAGCCCAUUAAAAUUUCCCCGUGGCUCAGCACCCAGAGGAGGGUUUGAGGCCCUUCCUCCACCCACCCCCACCCCGCUGCCGGGUCCCCCCUUCCCACACUGGACACGGCUGCUCUUGCAGGUUCAGUUGGACCCAGGUUCUUCCCCCCAAGGAGCUCCUCAGAACUGUUAUUUUGGGGCUUGUUCUCUAUUUAGCAGGAUUUAGGAGCUUUUCAGGGGGAGAAACUGCCUGUUGGGGUCAAGGGGAAGCAGAAGGUCCUUAUUCCUUCCCUUCAAGGAAUAAGGGUGAUGGGAAGGAAUGCGGUGUGGUCGGGACCUGCUGCUCCAGGCUCGGGAAGCUCAAAGGUGACAAAGGGAAGGAUUUGUGGGGUGAUGCUGCGAUAGUCCUCGGCAGUGGGAACACUUGAGAGACUCUGUGGCUCUGCAGAUGGCUUUUUCCGUCCCUGUUCCUGCUCCUCCUGCAGCAAAUGCCAAAAACUACAAGGGAAAACCCUGCUCCGAGGCAGCCCCAGUUUCUGCUGACAAAGGGCUAAAACCCCGAGCCCCUUCCUGCUUCGUGCUGAUCCCUCGUGCUCCCAACCCCCUCCUGCAGCAGUUUGGACCAUCUCUGAGCGGGAGCCAGAGACCUUCAGCUCCACAGUUGCACCCCUUGAACUCAAGGAGCAGCUCUCUCAGUGUUGUCAGGGAUGUUCGUGCUUUUGGGUGAAAGAUCUCCUUGGGAAGAGCACGGACCAACCUCGACCCGGGAAGAGUCGCCGGUGGGAUUUCUGCCUCGGUCUAAGGCAGAGGGAAAUGUGGGGGCUGUGCAGGGUUUGAGAACCACAUCUGAACUGCUCCUUGGAGGAGAUCAGAGCCCUCUCCAACGCCGUUGGAGCCCAGGAAUCUGGGAAAGGCUGCCAACCCUCCCACGGCCCCACGUGAGUGCCAAUGCGUCGUCCUCGUCCGCCGGGUUGGGGACGUGCCCCGCUGGUUUCCCGCCCUCUCAGCUCCUCAAGCUUUGACAGAAGUGAGAAGUCAGCGCUGCCUUUUACAUCCAGAGGGUUGUGCCUUUUUUUUGGGAGCAUCAUGGAAACGACCGUGCUUCGCAGUUCGGGACAGCGGCGCCGCCUUUCCCAGAGGGACACGGGUGUUCUGAAGUAUUUGGGGAAAAAGGAGGAGAAAAAAAAAAAAAAAAAAACACAGCCCCUUGUUUUCAGCCUCAGUGUUCAUCAGCCAGCUGAUGCUCAGCGCCACCGGAUCCAUUCCACCCGGCAAAGAACCCAAGGAAGCACCUUAAACUCGGGAACAGCCCCGGCUUUGUCCUGGCUCACGACACAGCGUCCGCCUCGUGGGAGAGGUUUGGGAUCCUGAGCAAUAAAAAAAGCCCCCCCCCCCCGUGGGAACCUAGGGAAGACUGGAAGUAUUAAGACACGUGUAACCCGACCUGCCAAACCGCGGGGAACCUGCACUUUCUAAGUUCUCUUUGACGGAACCGACUCGAUUCGCUGAUUUCUCGGGAGGGGAUAAAGUGAUUCCACGUCGAUUCGCUGAUUUACUCUGGCUUGGGACGGGCGAGAUGCCUGGGAAGGGAUGGCAAGGGCUGCGGCCAAGGCUGGGCCGAGGUCCCUCGCGCCCCGCUGGGCCUCCAGGAGCAUCGAGGGAAAGGGCAAAGGACAAAAACCUGGGUAGAAAUGCCUGAAAAAGGGAGAUUUCCCCUCUCCCUGUGCCAGGGCCGCGUGUGCCCACUGGGGAUGAUGCCCAGGAGCCCCGAGACCUCCAGAUUGCUCCAAUGCUCCGUCCUUGGCGUCUUGGAGAUGUUUCCAACCCUCCAGCCAUGGGAUGUUUGGCCGCUUUCCCAUCAAACAGCCCUGGGGAGCCUCUCGCAGUGAUGGCUCUUGUCCAGACCAAGAUUAAUUUCGUGUUUGUUUGUUUGCUCUGGCAGUUUAGCUGAGUGUCCGUUUCCACCUGCAGAACCCUCACACUGUGUAUAAAAAAAUGGAUCAAAAAUAUAUAUAAUAUAUAUUCUUGUGAAUGUUGGUGCAAAAGAGAAAAAUAUAUAAAGUUUCAGUCGGUUUUAUGUUAUUUUUUAUCUCUUAUGAAUGAAAGAAAGAAAUGGAAAACCUUUUCUUUCCAUUUACCACCCUCCACACACACCUACCUGUAGAUACCAACAGGUUUUAUGGAAAUGUUUUACUUUUUAGAUUUAGGAAAAUGCUUCUGUUCUCAUUGAAUGUUCUGUCUUGUAAGAUUGUAAUUUCUAUUUUUUUAAAGAAAAGAAAAUAACUAAAUAAAAUUUCCUCUUUCGGACCAGUCAGCUUAGGAAGGGAGGGCAGGGGAGGGAGAAACGUUUAUUUAAGGACAAAACUUGUUGUCUGAAUUUUUCAUGACAUUAAAUAAAAAGUAAUAUAAUGUAUGGAUGAAAACCUUUUUAUUGAGGUGUGCUCUAUAGGUACAUAGAUGUAUAUUGCACAGAAAAUGCAGGAAGAAAAAUAAAGUCUGUUUUGCAAGGUCAAAAAAAAAA